AUGACAGAGACGCAAGCGAAAGCAGAAACAUCUGUUACAUUUUCAGAUCCGGUUGUAGUUGAGAUACCAUCAAACAAUGCCGUGCCCAACAAGUCUUCCGAGAAGGCUAAGGCUGUUGAGGAGCCUGAGAAAACAGCAGAGACACCAGCUCCUGCAAACAAAUUAAGCUCAAAAGGAGGAUCUCUAGAUAGGGAUAUUGCUUUAGCCGAACUUUCCAAAGGGAAAAAGUUAUCCUAUGUGAAAGCAUGGGAAGACAGUGAAAAAACCAAAGCAGAUAACAAAGCUGAAAAACACAUCUCUUCCAUUGCAUCUUGGGAAGACAGCAAGAAGGCAGCUCUCGAAGCCGAGCUCAAAAAAAUCGAGGAAAAACUAGAGAAAAAGAAAGCACACUAUGGUGAAAUGAUGAAAAACAAGAUAGCAGCAAUUCACAAGGAAGCAGAAGAGAAAAGAGCAGUAAUUGAAGCCAAACGAGGCGAGGAAAUUCUUAAGGCAGAGGAAAUGGCUGCAAAAUAUCGUGCAACUGGAACCACUCCAAAGAAAACAAUUGGCUGCUUUUGA